CGGGCGUUUACUUCGGCACCAAAAUAACAACCAGAACCCUCUCUUCACUUGACCUCCGUCUCUUGAUCCUCCAAAUCCGAAAUGGAGCCCAGCGGACCCGGGUUCGGACCCAAAUCCGGAUCCACUAACAAGGAAGACAAGUGGUCGCUCCCAUUCUGCACCAUCGUGGCGGUGGACACGAGCGAAAGCAUCAGCUACAGAGCCUGCUCCAUCUGCGAGAGGACCCUGCCUGAAGACCCGUCCUCUUUCUGCUCCUUCUGCUCCAACAACUCCUCCGCAAAUCCCGGGUGCAAACGCGUCUAUCGGAUCCUUGUAUCCAUUGCUACUACCGACGAGGUAAUCGUGGUGAUCUUCUUCGAUCGCGUCACCCGUGUCCUCUUCGGCUGCUCAGCCGACGAAUUCUUCCACUUCUGCAGGCUCCAUCCCUUCGCGGCCGAAAAGGCAGCAGAGGUAUUAGAAGGGGAAAUGUGCAGGCUUACACUGUCGAAGCCAAAGAGCAGUAAUGCUCAGCAUCUCCGUGCUGCUUCCGUUGUUCCCUUGCGCACUGGAUUUCGCCCUGUGAUCGAUACUUUGAAGCAAAUGUAUGGGAUCGAGACUUCUUCCAGCGGCAUGAAAAAAGAAAAAUGAUAUGUGAUUGUUGUGUGCAAUCUGAUGUUUGACAAACUUCUGCCUUACUUAAUCGAUCGUUUUGUUUAGAUUACAGGAUUUGUCAAUUGCUUGCAAUCAGUUGUCGGUUUCUUGUGGCUUCAAAUGAGAAAUGCCUCAGAAAUGAUCUCUUCAACAAGCCGCAACGCUUGGUUGGUAUAAGGUAGCAUCGAGUAAUUACUGAUGGAGAAGAGCAAUUAAUUUAUCAA